AUGAUGAUGAUCCUCUCACCGCGGCAAUGGCUGCUGCUGCUACCUCUGGUCUUCCUCUCUACUCUUCUCUUCUCCUACCUGUACACGACCCUAUGGCUAAGGCCGGAGAGGCUCAGGCAGAAGCUGAGAAGCCAAGGAGUGAAGGGUCCCAAGCCUUCUUUCCUCUUUGGAAACAUACCGGAGAUGAGGAGAAUCCAGAAACUUGCCACACCUGCUCAAGAAGAGGGAGCAGGGCCUACUGAUCGCUUCUCCUCAAAUUAUGUGGCCACUCUGUUCCCUUACUUCCUCCACUGGACCAGAGUUUAUGGUUCCAUCUACUUGUAUGCUACUGGAAGCAUACAAACUCUACAUGUCAUACAUCCUGACAUGGUGAAGGAGCUGGCCAGUUGCAAGUCUUUGGACCUUGGAAAGCCUAGCUACUUGCAGAAAGAGCAUGGAGCUCUUCUUGGUACGGGAAUUUUGACGGCGAAUGGUGACCUAUGGGUACACCAACGGAAGGUCAUUGCACCUGAAUUCUUCAUGGACAAGGUUAAGGGAAUGGUUAAUUUGAUGAUGGAUGCUGCACUAUCAAUGUUGAAUUCAUGGGAAGAAAAGGUUGAGUCUGAAGGAGGCAGGGCAGAGAUUGUAGUUGAUGAGUUCUUGCGGAACUUCUCAGCUGAUGUUAUAUCAAGAGCUUCUUUUGGAAGCAGUUUUGUCGAAGGCAAAGAGAUAUUUUACAAAAUUCGCCAACUUCAGAAAGCGAUGGCGAAGCGAAGUAUGCUUAUUGGUGUUCCUGGAAGUAGAUAUUUACCGACAAAGAGUAACAGAGAGAUUUGGAACCUGGGGAGUUGCAUCCGUAGCCUCAUCUUGGACAUAGCCAAGAAGCACGGACAAGAUUCAGCGGCCACCCGAAAUAAGUUUUUUCUGCACUCCAUCAUUGAGGGUUCUAAAGCCGCUUCAUUCUCUUCGUGCACACCUGAGGAUUUCAUCGUCGACAACUGCAAGAACAUCUACUUCGCGGGACAUGAGACAACCUCGAGCACUGCCGCGUGGUGCCUGAUGCUUCUUGCGGCGCACCCUGAAUGGCAGGAUCGCGCUCGGGCGGAAGUCCUUGACGUUUGUCAUGGAGAAGCAUUAGACUUCGACAAGCUACGCAAAUUGAAAACGCUAACGAUGGUGAUCCAGGAGACCCUCCGCCUGUACCCGCCAGCCUCCUUUGUCACGCGGGAAGCUCUGGAGGACCUGAACCUUGGCGGCAUCGACAUCCCGAAAGGCACCAAUAUCAGGGUUUCGAUCAUGCUGGCUCACCGGGACCCUUCGGCAUGGGGCGCCGACUGUGACAAGUUUGAUCCGGGAAGGUUUGGCGGAGGCAUAGCACGCGCCUGCAAGCCCCACCACAUGUACAUGCCGUUCGGCGUGGGUCCCCGGACGUGCGCCGGCCAGAACCUCGCCAUGGUUGAGGUCAAGGUCGUGCUAUCGCUGCUGCUGUCCAGGGAGGAACGGCUGGAUGUUGACUGUAAACACUUGUUAGUAUGUUAUACUACUGUGCAUGAGAGUAACAAUUCUUGUCACUGCACUUUUUCGUUUUAUCUGGCUUCUUCGGUCAAAUGA